GGGGCAAUUCGUUAAGUUUGAGAAGGUGGAACCGACCGGAAUCAGAUCCUCACCUUGCCGCCAUCGUCAACGCCACGUUCAAGCACUCUCUCCUUCUCUCUCUCUCCCUUCCUUUGCGCCAAACCCUUUUUCGGGGACCGCAAAAGGGCUGAUUUUUCUGCAACAAACACUCCCUCGCAUGGUGGGAUCGACUACUCUUAAUCACCUUAUUAUGCAAUCAAUUUGGCUUAAUGGUAGAAGAGGAGAAGUUAUCAUAAAAGUGAAGAUCACGGAGGAAUAGAGUGGUAAAAGCGAUUUGAAGAUAUGGGAUCUUUUAAGGGCCAUGUUCUUCCAGGAACGCUGUUUCUUCUGGUUGGUGUUUGGCACGUGUGGAGUGCUCUGCUUCGGUACGUGUUAAAUCCUAGCUUGUUUCGUGUUCGUGUGUGGAAUCCUAUGCCUGGCUUCGACGGAAAACUCAAAUACUUAGAGCUUUAUGUUAUUGUUAUUGGCGGUUUCAUUGAUUUGUGUAUUGAGCUUUUGUAUUCAACCCAUCUCAAGUUCUUCGUUAAUGGAGUUUUGAACCCUUCACAUAUGAACAACUUUGAACAUUCGGGGAUGCUUCUCAUGUUCUUCAUUUUUGGAGUCAUCGCUUUGCUCUCUGAAAAAUCCAGAUUUGUUCGUCUACCAGACGAAGCGCUUUGUCUGAUUGCUGCCAUGGCAUUCUGCGCCGAAUAUCUGUUGUUUUACUUUCAUUCAACUACUCAUAAAGGCCUCGAGGGUUACUACCAUAUUCUCCUUGUCCUCUUGAUAGGGCUCUGCAUUUUGUCGACGGUUGCUGGAGCUAUUUUACCUACCAGCUUUUCAGUUGACGUGUGCAGCGGUAUCGCCAUAACGCUCCAGGGUCUUUGGUUUUAUCAAACAGCCUUCACUUUGUAUGGUCCAAUGAUGCCUGAUGGUUGUGAGCUAAAGGAUGAUAUGAUGGUCAUGUGUUAUUCAAAAGAUAGUGAGGUUAGAGGUGAACUCCUUGCAAAUUUCCAGCUCUUUUCUAUGGUCGUUGGAGUCCUUGGUGGGGUCAUCGGAGUUUACUGGUUUGCAGCAUCGAAGUACGGGCGAUCCGACCUCGGAAGUUCGAAUGCCAUCCAAGACUAGAUUGUUUCCGGGUCACUUUGUAAUAUUUUGAGGCAAAUAGUUCUUUCUGCUCUCCAAUGACUUUGCAGUAUAUUGUUGCUUAAGUUCUUUUUGUGUAAUCAUGUGUCAAUGGCAAACAUAGUCUAUGGUUUUAUUCUUUUGGGGACUGAUUGGAAACUAUAGUUUCUUUUCGAAAUUUUCAAAUAACAUUUAUCAUAAUAGUGACAUUAAAAAAUAUUUGAGAUGCUCAUCAUGAGCAUAGCUAAGGAGCAUAUUAUAUGUUAAGUUGAA